AUGCUCGCUAGUUCCAUGACCGCUCGCGCUGCGCGACAGCAGUUGCGCUUCCCGAGCAUGAGGGCUAAAAUGUCGUCUAGCUGCAGUGUUCCCGUUCCCCUGUCCGUACUAGACCCUAAGGGCAGUCCCACAAUUGAUCAAACAUACGAGAAGAUAGAGAAGAAGCUACAUACGGUGCGCAAGACCACUGGUAACAGACCCCUUACGCUCGCUGAGAAGAUCAUUUACGGUCACUUGGAUGAUCCCACUACCAAUGCCAAACGCGGUGAGACUUACCUCAAGCUGCGUCCAGACCGUGUGGCCAUGCAGGACGCCACAGCUCAGAUGGCCGUAUUACAAUUCAUCUCGUCGGGUUUGCCAAAGACCGCCGUGCCCACGACAAUUCACUGUGACCACUUGAUCACAGCCGAAAAGGGCUCAGACACUGACUUGGACAACGCCAAAAUCGUCAACAAGGAGGUUUACGACUUUUUGGCGUCGGCUGGCGCCAAAUUUGGCAUGGGCUUUUGGAAGCCUGGCAGCGGUAUUAUCCACCAGAUCGUUUUGGAAAACUAUGCUUUCCCUGGAGGUCUCAUGAUUGGAACCGACUCACAUACGCCCAACGCCGGUGGCUUGGGUAUGUGCGCCGUCGGCGUUGGUGGUGCUGAUGCUGUCGAUGUGAUGGCCGGCAUGCCUUGGGAGCUUAAGGCACCCAAGGUCAUUGGUGUAAAUUUGACGGGUAAGCUGUCCGGCUGGACCUCGCCGAAGGAUGUGAUUCUUAAGGUGGCUGACAUUUUGACCGUCAAGGGCGGAACCGGUGCCAUUAUGGAGUACUUUGGCCCUGGUGUCGAGUCUAUUUCGUGCACGGGCAUGGGAACAAUAUGUAACAUGGGUGCUGAGAUCGGUGCCACGUGCUCUACGUUUCCUUACACGGAGCGCAUGGGUGACUACUUGCGCUCCACAAAGCGAAGCGGCAUUGCCUCGGCUGCUGAGUCGUUCCAGGUUAAUUUGCGUGCUGAUGAGGGCGCCUACUACGACCAAAUUCUCGAGAUCAACCUGGAUGAGCUAAAGCCAAUGUUGAACGGCCCGUUCACGCCUGACCUUGGUCACAUUGCUGGAGCUGAAAUGAAGGAAGCUAGUGAGAAGAACGGCUGGCCCACGGAGCUAAGUGCCGGUCUCAUUGGUUCGUGCACGAACUCCAGUUACGAAGAUAUGACUCGCUGCGCCGACCUGGCCAAGCAAGCUAAGGACGCAGGUCUCAAGUUUAAGGUGCCGUACUACGUGACGCCUGGUUCAGAGCAGGUGCGCGCCACCAUUGCUCGCGAUGGUAUCCUGGACACGUUUGUUGAAUCGGGUGCUACAGUCCUUGCGAACGCUUGCGGUCCAUGUAUUGGCCAGUGGAACCGUACUGACAUACCUAUGGGCGAGAAGAAUUCGAUUCUCACAUCGUAUAACCGCAACUUUGCCAAGCGUGCUGACGGCAACCCCGCCACGCAUAGCUUUGUGACGUCCCCCGAGAUGGUGACUGUUGGCGCGAUUGCGGGUACUACGACGUUUGACCCCGCAAAGGACACGAUCAUGACGCCAGAUGGAAAAGAUUUCAAGUUUUCUACUCCAUUUGGCAAGGAACUCCCACUUCGUGGCUUUGACCCCGGUGAGGAGACGUUCCAGGCUCCGCCUGCCAGUGGUGAGGGGCUGACGGUGAACGUUGAUCCGCAAAGCGAACGCCUGUCCCUUCUGUCUGCAUUUGAUGAGUGGAACGGCGAGGAUCUGGUGGAUAUGCCAGUGCUGAUCAAGGCAAAGGGCAAGUGCACUACCGACCACAUCAGUAUGGCUGGCCCGUGGCUGAAGUACCGUGGUCAUCUGGACAACAUCUCGAACAAUAUGCUUAUUGGUGCUGAGAAUGCCGAGACUGGCGAGACGAACAGUGUCAAAAACCAAAAUUCGGGCAAGUUUGACAAGGUGCCAGCAGUGGCCCGCCAGUACAAGGCCGACGGUAUUAGCUGGGUAGUGAUCGGUGACGAGAACUACGGUGAGGGUAGCUCACGCGAGCAUGCUGCUCUGGAGCCGCGUCACCUUGGUGGCCGUGCUGUUAUCGUAAAGUCGUUUGCGCGUAUCCAUGAGACGAAUCUGAAGAAGCAGGGCAUGCUGCCGCUGACAUUUGCAAACCCGUCAGAUUACGACAAGAUUACGGGCAACGACAAGGUUUCCAUUUUGGGCUUGAAGACUUUUACGCCCGGCAAACCGCUGACACUACGCGUGACUCCUGCUUCGGGUGAAGCUCCUUUUGACAUUACGGUGAAUCAUACAUUCAAUGAGGAGCAGAUUGAGUGGUUUAAGAGUGGCAGCGCGUUGAACCUGAUGAAGAAGAGCAAUGUUUAA